AUGCCUACUUGUUUCCCGAGGAAGAUUUACUCUUCUCCACUACAUAUCCUUUUGUCGAUCACAAUCACAAUAUUCAUAGUAGUGAAUGUAACCCUCUAUAAACUAAACCACACGUCACUUCCAGAGUCUUGGUACGAUCAUACUAAACAUCCGGAUUAUGGAACAAAGGGUGAAAAUUAUCUUAUAAGUCCCGGAACUACCCUUCAAUCAUUGGUUGAUGAUGCAACGAAUCCCGAUUUCUGGAACUCGUUCUCGAAAGAAUUGAAAAAUUCCAAAUCUAAAGAGAUUUUGGAAGAUUUGAAACUGUCAUUACAUGAAAAAUACUCGGAUACCAUGAUGAAGGAACUUCGUGAGUCCAUUCAAGAGUCCAAGACUGAAGAGUUUACAAAUCAAAUCAAGCAGCAAAUUGAUAUGGCUUAUACCAAAAGAUACGUUUACAAUGCACAAAAGAGUUAUAGUGUAAUUGAGAAAAUGGAACAGAUCUAUAUGGAAGAACAUCUGGAGGAGUUGAAGAAUGGGAAGCCAUUAACCGACAAGGUCAAAUAUUUUGAAUUCAUACUCAAGGAAGUCAUAUUAGACAAUACUCCACAAUCUGGUCCGAUUACCCCAAUAGAAGCUGGGAACCCUAUGCCCGCAUUCAUAUCGACCAACCAGAGCGACUUCUGAAGCUGAAACUCACACAAGACCAUCUUCUGUUGAAUUAUGUUAAAUAUAGAGCCUUACAAGAGAGCCAUGAUAGGGUGGUGGAGGUGUUGUAUGAUUUGCAACCACCCCCAUUCAUUAAGAACGAUGGUAUGGUGAUAUAUGCUGGCACUGUACAACAGUUACCUCAGGCCCUAAUUCUUGCCAAACAGAUCCGAGGACUUGGAAGUGAAUUACCAUUAGAAAUUAUUGUAGAUGAAGUACAAUCUGAAACUGAUACCGAGCUUGUUGAAGCAUUUAACAUUGAGAUUGAACCAAUCAAGGCUAAAUGUCUUGUGAUUUCUCUGGAAUUUGGAUCGUCAACCUACAAACUUGUAACCGAGAAGGGUACCAAUGCCAGAAUCUUGGGUCUUUUCGUAUCACUGUUUGAUAAUAUAAUAUCUUUGGAUGUGAACACCAUCCCAGUGAAAAAUUUGGAUAAACAAUUCACAUCUAAACCUUUCAUGUCUACUAAAUGGGUAUUUUGGCCAAAUUUGUGGCAUCGAACUACAUCCCCAUUGUAUUACGAGCUUGCUGGGUUUGAAACUGGAGAGAUUAUUAGGAGAGACUGUCUUGCAAAUGAUGUAUCUUUUGCAAACUAUGUUGAGUCUGAUAAGUCUACUAAUUGUGGUUUCCACGAUUUACAAGGGUUACCUCCAGCUGCAUCGGUGGAUGUGGGUCAGAUGGUAUUCCUGAAACGGGCUCAUUAUAGAAGUUUCCUUCUUUCUUUGUACUAUAAUAUCCAUGGGAAAUCAUAUUAUGAUAGACUACUUUAUCAAGGUGAAAUUGAAGAGUCUGAAAGGGAACUGUUCAUCCCUGCGUUGCAUGUCUUCAAUGAGGCAUAUCAUUUAAACAGAUAUCUUCCACAACCCAUUGAAGAAGGUUCAAAGAGGAGAGAUUUAGUACCAGAAGCUGCCGUUGCUGCACCAUUAGCGCCAAACGUUCCUCCUGAAUAUUCCCCAACCCCUCUCAUUCAACACGAUUCUUUAGAAUGUAUAUCAUUUUUCAAUGAUUGGAAAAGAUGGUUGGCUGCGAAAAAGUUGGAUUCCAGACUACUGCCCUUCCAGCAGAAUUCAUUUACUUCCAAGUUAUUUCUGGAGUUUAUGACCACCCAUACGACUCGGCAUAACGAACAUUUCAAGAUGGAGGAUGGUACACAGGCUGUAACCACAGUGGUGACCCCUUACAAGCUCCCCACUGCUUCGUUUAUCAAGUGGGACAUGAAGUUGCUGCAGGAUCAGCAACAUCGUCAACUAGGCACCCCCUCCAAGUAUCAAACAGAAUUUGAAGGAUCUGAUUGGGAAUUAGAGCUUCAAAAGAUUGACACUUGGGUUAAGUGUGAAGGGUUGAGUUCGAAAUUCUGGGCACUUUUCGGAAAAGAACAGGAAACAAUUUGCAAUCUUUCACAAGCCAGAAAGACUUUCUUAGAGCAAACAAAAAUUACAUAG